CCUCUCCCGCUGCUGACGGGGGGCGGGGGCGGCCCUGGGAAGGAGGGCUGGUCUCCUGGCCCCCUGCUCCUCCCCUUACAAUCCCCUGGACUUGGAUGGGCCCGAGUUGGGGGCAACACCCCGGGGUGGGUGAUGUGGCGAGGCCCCCCAGAUUGGGCCCUGGUAAUGCAUGCGGGGUGAGGGUCGCCGCGCGCAGUUUGUGCAGCCUGGGGUGCUGGCCCAUGUGCUCACCCUGGAUGCAUGGUCUACUGAGAAACGGUCUGGCGGAGAGGGAGAGAGAGGGGUAGGGUUUUGCAAGAUAGGCUGGGUGAGGUGAUUAAGCAUGCUGACUUCUUACCUGGGAUUACUUAGGAGGAGGAAGAGAGGUUUGACCAAAGAGGAUAGAAAACUAGCAAGGAGAUGGUGGAUAGAACAUUCCCUUUAUCCCCUCCCCAACACACACACAAGGUUAGCAGUUUACUUCUUUGUAAAUCUGUAUUGGUGGUAGUAGUUAUGGUGGAAGGAUUGAAUGAGGGGCCUAACUUGGCUAGCUUUCUGUUUGCUUUUCUUGCAAAUGCUCCAGCAACAGGUGUUUUCUUAAAAAGGUACGAACUUAGAUCAGGGCUUGACUGCGAGUUCUUGGAAAAUAUAACUGCUCCUUGUUGACUUGGAAGAUGCUGAACGUGACUCCUCAUUGAGGGUUUGGAUUGUGUCCCUAGGGCUGGAUUUUGCAAACUGAUAUUACCCAUCAUUGCCUUUGCUAUAGGUCUCUGGCCACUUCUCUGGUAUUAGUUCUUGUCAGACAUUUUAUCAGUCUCCCAGCUGAAGGGCAAAAAAACCAGGAAUCCCAUUGGCUAAAGACUGUACACUAUUUGAACUAUAGUAGGUUGUGAUUGGCUGAAUGAUUUUUGAUUGUAGCGUUUCUACCAGAAAUUGGCUUCAUCAAAUUCUGCUUUAUUCUGACUUUAUCAAACACAGCAUGCCUUGUUUUGGUGGGUUCAUGCCUGGAGCUUAAGUAUAUUAUGCCUGAAUUCCCUACCAUUUAAAAGUCAAUUUAUAAACAGGGACUUGGAGUGUGACUCCACUAAUGUGUGUGUCUGUGAUCUUGGUUAGAAACCCACUUGGCUGCCUUUCCUCAGAGAGGUGGGGGUUGGGAGAGGUAGCUGCCGGGAAGUGAUUGAUAAGGUUUCCUUUAUGGAUUCUGUGGUGCUUCAGUGGAGCUCAGAGCACUUUGGCAACUUAAGCACUCCAAAUUAAAAGCUCAUUAACAAUUCCUGCCCAAAGAUCCUGUAAAUAAUCGGCUAGCUAGGUCACAGAGCUUGGCUGAGAGCUCUCCUUGCAACUUGAAAUUUCCAAAUAAAAAUGCUUUUAUUUCCUUUCAUUUUGAAAAGUGUUUUCUUUGUGGUGGGGUAGGUUGGCAAGUGGCAUUUUUCCAGGGGAUCUGAGUAGAAUAAAGUGUUAAAUGUGUAGAGUGGUAGACAGGAAUAGAUUGGUUCCAAACCUAGGUGUUUCUUUGUGCGAGGGCGUUGCUAGUUUACAAGGGCACCUCUGCAACUUCUAGUCCUUUGGAAAAUCUGAUUAGUAAAAGGUGUAAGAUUUAUGUGAUCUGAAGAGAAACCGGAGUAUGGAAGAGCUGAAUUAAGUGAUAACUAUGAUAGCAUUGGGGCUUUCCAGCUCUCACAGAACCUUCAGCAUCCCCAGCGGCCAGUCUUGGCAUCUUCGAAGUAAGGAGAGUUUUAGAUGCUUCUGGAUGUUCAAUGCUAGCACCUUUACAGACUGGAGCAGCUCGAUUUUCUUCAUAUUUACUUUCAAGAGCAAGAAAAGUGCUGGGCUCCCACUUAUUUUCUCCCUGUGGUGUUCCGGAGUUCUGCUCCAUAUCCACCAGAAAGCUGGCGGCCCACAGCUUUGGCGCAUCCAUGGCGGCAAUGAUGUCCUUCCCUCCCCAGAGGUAUCACUACUUUUUAGUGCUGGACUUUGAGGCCACGUGUGACAAGCCACAGAUUCAUCCUCAGGAAAUCAUCGAGUUCCCUAUCCUGAAGCUAAAUGGCCGGACCAUGGAGAUUGAGUCUACCUUUCACAUGUAUGUCCAGCCCGUAGUCCAUCCACAGCUUACUCCCUUCUGUACAGAGCUCACUGGGAUUAUUCAAGCCAUGGUGGAUGGUCAGCCAAGCCUGCAGCAAGUGCUGGAGAGGGUCGAUGAGUGGAUGGCGAAGGAAGGCCUCUUAGAUCCAAACGUCAAGUCAAUUUUUGUCACCUGUGGAGACUGGGACUUAAAAGUCAUGCUCCCGGGCCAGUGCCAGUACUUGGGCUUGCCAGUGGCAGAUUACUUCAAGCAGUGGAUUAAUCUGAAAAAGGCUUACAGCUUCGCCAUGGGCUGCUGGCCCAAGAAUGGACUUCUAGACAUGAACAAGGGCCUCAGCCUGCAACACAUAGGCCGGCCCCACAGCGGCAUUGAUGACUGCAAGAACAUUGCCAACAUCAUGAAGACACUCGCAUAUCGAGGCUUCAUCUUCAAGCAAACAUCAAAGCCGUUCUGACUGGCCGAGGAUGGGAUGGGGCAGGACAGGGUCGCUGCUUGGCCCAGCCCAAAACCCUUCUCUCCCUCACCAGAGGGGCCAAGGGAGAGUGGUACAGCUCUAGGUCCAGAGUGUCCCCCAGCCCGCCCUAUGGGCUUGUGCCCUGGGUAGGGCUUGGCCACUUGGCCCCUCUGGAACAGACACGUUGUGCCCCUCCCGCCCCCCCCCCCCCCCCCCCGACCUCAGCCCAGUAGCAGCCUCUCCCAUUGUGGGCCUGGGCUGGGGGACCUCCUCCUCAGCGUCUCCUCCCAGCACACAGGCUUCUGCUGGGGCCACCGAGCCCCCUGUGCCCCCUCCUUUCUGUAGUGCAUGGUGUGUGGUGCCCCCAGGGCUCCAGGACAGAUCAGGCCCCACCUCGUGUCCACCCCCAUCCCCGCUGUGAACGUGCCACUGAAUAAAGUCGGGGGAAUG